UCCGUGAUAAAAUCUUGAAUAUCAUAAUUAUAUACCAAGUAGUUUGAACUUGGAAAAUAUUGAAGGAAUGCUAUUUAUUCUUCAAGUAUAUUUUAGAUUUAUUUCAAGAGAAUAGACCCUAAGUAGCCGAUGGAAAAAUUGAUUUCAUGUAAUUGAACACCCAGUUGAAGACUACACUAUUUUUGGCAAUGACUACCAGAAAACGCAGUGGAUCUGGUUCGAAAAGACAACUCAAGGAGAAAGUAGUUCAGAUAUAUGAAUGUUUACUGAAAGGAGAAGAUAUAUCUCUUCAAAAUGACCUUUUUUGGGAUGAGUUCUUCUUGCUGAAACCUAAAGUAGCUACAUUUGAAAGUGAAAUACAGAAACUUUCACCAGAACAACUGCAGUUGGCCAAACAGAAUGUGAAUAUUCUGUUUAGCCACUGUCUUCAGAUUUUGGAGCAACAGCCUAAUAUAAGGGUUGCCUAUGGAUUAUUGACCUUGUGUUCCCUUUUACAUGCUAUCUUCAAAAAAUCAGUGGACACUCAAGUAGAUGCCAUUGAAUUUCUAAAGGGUUGUGAUAAUAUUUUGACUAGAAUGCAAAAAUUAUUAGAAGUAUGCCAGACUUUCUUUGAAGGAGAAUCCACUGAGUCUGUCAAGGGUCUUUGCCUCAAACUCAUUCUAAUUUUAACCACAGGAUUGGAAUCUAUCAAUCAGAACACUCUAAUAGAAUAUAUAAUGACAUCAUCACUGUUUGACUAUCUAGUUACACUUUUGUGUGAUGUUCCAACAAGACAGAAGCAUGGAUAUGAUGUUGUUUUGAUAAUAACAUUACUGGUUAAUUAUAAAAAAUAUGAUGCAACAAAUCCUUAUGUAGUGAAACUAUCAAUUUUAGAUGAUGAAUUGGCUCUUAAUGGUUAUGGUCAAGUUAUAACUUCAUCUCUAUCAGAGUUUUGUAGCCAGUAUAACUUAGAACAUAGUGAAAAUCAAAAUGCAUCAUGGUUCUCAUCAUUAACAAAUAUUGUUGGUAAUAUGUUCAUCUCAGAGGAAGGGGGUAUCAGGAUGCAGCAAAUGAGGGCCAAUAAUGCAUUGUUGUUAGCAUUUUAUGAGGCCAUACAUCUGAAUAGAAAUUUCAUAACAACUUUGGCUCAUACACAGACUGAUACAAGUUCACCCCCUUCUCCUAAUAACACUUUGAGCAAUUUAAAUAACACCCCAGAUUCAUCAACUACCUCUACAAUUUUUGAUGUUUCUACAGAACCUUCAAAUCUCUUGGUAACUUUCUUCCAAUAUUGCUCCAUAGUGAUGCAAGACACAAAGACUGAGGCAGGUACAAAUACAGUGAAGCUCUGUUUUAUAAUUCUGGGAUGCAUAACUGAAGACCAAUAUGCAAAUUCAUUGAUGCAUGAUAUCAAUUUGGCAUUCAAAGUAAAACUUCAUAGGCUACCAAUGCGUCAUAGAAAGUUAGCCUCAGAUAAAACUACAUCCAGCCAACCACUUAUUUGCACACUCAUUGAUUUAUUGGUAGAAUUCAUUUUGAGCCAUAUGAUGAAAAAAUUUCCAAUGGAAUUAUACAUCCUCUGCACAGGAGUCAUCCAGAGAAUACUGUGCUAUCAGAAAAAAUGCAGGAUAAGAUUGAAUUAUGCUUGGAAAGACUUAUGGACUGCCUUGAUAUCUUUGCUUAGGUUUAUACUACAAAACGAAAACUAUCUAGGAAAGAAAAUCAAUAUUUUCAAUCUCUCCAUUAAGGUUGUAAACCUUUUGAAUUUCUUCAUCACCUAUGGUGAUAACUUUUUGCCCACACCUGGUAGCUAUGAUGAGCUAUAUUAUGAGAUAAUACGGAUGCAUCAAGUUUUUGAUAAUAUCUAUUCAAUGGCUUUGAGAUAUUCCAGUGGUGAUGGUGACUUCAAAGAAGAUGCCUUGAAGUUGACCAAUACAUUAUUCAAUGUUAGAGCCAUAAUAAAACAUUUCAACCCAAAAAUAGAACAGUGGUUAGCUUCUGCAAAUCUUUCUACACCCAGUGAGGAACAAAUUUUGGAGAUAGUGAAAAAGAACUAUGAUAGUCUAACUCUGAAGCUCCAAGACUCAUUAGAUCAUUAUGAAAGGUACUCAGAAAAGCCACAGUAUGUUACAUUCUUUAGCAAUAUGGUGAAAAAUAUUUUGUGUGAUACAAGGAAUAGUGUGAAUUGUUCACUAUUGAAUUUCACCAAUAUUGCUAGUGAGUAUCCUGUUAUAUAAAUCAACUUCCUAUUGAUAUUUUCUGUUUAUAUAGUGCUAUAAGUUCAUAAAUUAAAACUUUAUUUAUGUGAUCCUGAAUUCCAAAAUAUACUUA